GCCCUUCUUUCGCAUGGGGACGACGAGUCACAUGGGCACUCCCACGACGAAAACAGCAUGGAGGAGCAUGAUAACUUUGUCUGGAAGUCUCUCAUCGUGUUGCUCGGCAUUUACGCCUUCUUCAUCACCGAGCGUCUCACUAUUCUUUUCCAAAAUAGCGCCUCCAACCGUAAACAGAAGCGGAAUCAGGUGCGAUUUUCGGUGGCUCACUCUGGAGAUCAGCCGUCUCUUCUGGGACCACCGAAGGGGAUAGCUUUCUCCAAUGGUGGCAUGCAAGCACCACCUCAGCUGCCGACCAACGAGCAACUCAGUCCAAAGCGAGGUGAUAACCCACAGUCCACCGUCAUCACUUCAGUUGGUGGCACUACCAACUCCAACGUUCAGACCUCAGUCUGUCCGAAACAGUCUGGUCAAGAGGAGGGAAGGCCAACUCCCACCAGACACUCAACCACCGAGUCUUACAUAGAUAUUGGUCAGGAAUGCCAGUCUAAGUCUGCCAGUGCUGGCAAUGUGUGUAGUAGUGAUGCCUCCCUUAACGGAAAUCUGUGCUACGACGGCACUAAUUUGGGUGCGGAGGGUUUGACUUCGGACAACCAACUCUGCAAUAAACCUCCUUCCAGGCCUCUCGACAACGCUCGAUGUGCCGAGUUUUUGACGUCCGACGUCUGCAACGGUAGUGAUGCCUCUGAACCGGAGAAUCGCAGGGAAGUGAAUGCGUGUAACGCCUCCACUGCCUUGGGCAAAAAUGGAUUCAUAAUGCAAUCCUGGAACGUAAGGGAUACCAACUCCAAUGGCAUCAACAAUUCUGAAGCUGACAAUGGUGGUGGCUCCGCGGGACAGCCGAAUGGCAAGUCUUCCCGCAAUGGUUCCCUCAGUGAACUGGUAAGCAUUUCUGUCGCCUGGUCAACGAUCUGA